AUGUUCAAUAUCACGGGUUCUAUAUGUGGUGAUUCGUCUCGUAUCAGUAGUUCGACUGCUAGCUGUGAUCCCGCUUGUAGUGAUUAUGAUGAUUCAAUAUCAAGCUACGUAUUGUCUCCUGGUGGAAGGAGAUAUUAUUCACCGUCUGUUGGAGGAUUUGAUGUUUGGAAGGGAACUGAAAAGGGAGCUGAUGAUGGUACGAUAACACUCAAGCAUUUUGUUUGCAGUUGUGAAGGUUUUGUUGAGCCAAAUAUUGGUAGAACGAAUGGCAUUGAGUGUAGAGAAAGGCGUACUGUGUCGAAGAGGUGUGGUUGUAAGGCAAGAUUGGUUAUGAAAUACAUGUUUCCAAACAAGUAUUUUGUAAUGUCUUUAAUUGAUGUACAUAACCAUCCUCUAGCUAGUGAAACAGGAUGGCAAUUUUUGAGAGCUAGUAGGGAAAUGACAGUGGGGUUAAGGAAUGUUGUCUAUGAUGCUGCGAAAGCUAACAUAGGUUGUAGCAAAACGUAUACUCUUGUAAAGGAAAUGGUAGGUGGAUAUUCUAAUGUUGGCGCGACAUUGUGUGAUUUUCGAAAUUUUAAUCGGGAUUUGAAGAGCUAUGUUGGUGACAAAGAUGGGCAAAUGAUUAUUGACAAGUUCAAGGUCAUUUCAGAGACUUCAGAAGGUUUUUACUAUGCAUACAAAGUUGAUUCAGCUGGACACCUUAUCAAACUGUUUUGGGCGGACGCAAUUGGUAGGAGGAAUUUUGAACUAUAUGGUGAUGCUAUGUCGUUUGAUGCAACUUUUGACACAAACAAGUAUAAUAUGAUUUUUGCACCUUUCACUGGUGUGGAUAAACAUGACAAAUGUGUGACGUUUGCAUGUUGUCUUUUAUCUCAAAAGAAUGUUGCGCAUUAUACUUGGGCAUUUGAUCAUCUUGUAAAGGCUAUGGGAAGGAAUCCGGUGGUUGUGAUUACUGAUCAAUGUCCAACUAUGAAAAUAGCUGUCCCUACAUCAUCAUUUUCUUCGGCCAAUGGACUGAUUGCCUCUAAACAUCGUUUGUGUAUGUGGCAUAUUAUGGAAAAAUUCCCGGUCAAGCUUGGUAACCGUUUGGUGAAAGAGACAGAUUUUAUGGAGAAGAUGAAGAAAUAUAUAUGGUCAUCAAGUAUAGAAAUUGAAGAAUUUGAGAGAGGAUGGGAGGCUGUUGUUAAGGAGUUUAAGUUAGAGGAUAACAAGUGGUUAAAAGAUAUGUAUGGUAUAAGGGCUUCAUGGAUUCCCGCUUUCUUUAGAGACCAGCCAAUGUUUGGGUUAUUGAGGACUACAUCAAGAUCAGAGAGUAAAAAUUCUUUUUUUGGGCAAUUCCAUAAACAAGGAGACUCUUUAUGUGAAUUUUGGUUACGGUAUCAAAGUGCCAUGGAUCGGCAAAGGAAUGAAACGAAUCGGUUGAAUCAUGAGUCCAAUUCUAGUCUCCCUUCUGCAGUGUCUAGAUGGUUCAUAGAAAAUGAUGCAGCAGACCUGUUUACACUUGCUAUCUUUUAUAAAGUCCAAGAAGAAAUUAUUGCCUCCUGUUUGGACAUGCAAAUUAAAAGAAUGAGUGAGGAAAGAUAUGGUGUGUUAGGCCGAAUAAACUCACUAUAUAAGAUGAUAUAG